AUGGGAUUUAAAUUUUACUUUUACAUCCACACCGACCACUACAACCACUACAAUUGCACCAACAACUACUACUACUAUUACGACCGCACCUACCACCACAACCACUACAGCUGCCCCAACUACUACAACUGCCCUGACCACUACAACCACUACAAUCGCACCCGCCACCACAUCCGCAUCAAGCACUACACCCACGACAGCCGCAUCGAACAAAACACCCACCACAGCUGGAUCGAGCACUGCACCCACCACAACCGCAUCGAGCACUACAUCCACCACAUCUGCAUCGAACAAUACACCCACCACAGCCGGAUCGAGCACUGCACCCACCACAGCCACAUCGAGCACUACAUCCACCACAGCUGCAUCGAACAAUACACCCACCACAGCCGGAUCGAGCACUGCACCCACCACAGCCGCAUCCAGCACUGCACCCACCACAGCCGCAUCGAGAACUACACCCACCACAGCUGGAUCGAGCACUGCACCCACCACAGCCGCAUCCAGCACUACACCCACGACAGCCGCAUCAAACAAAACACCCACCACAGCUGGAUCGAGCACUGCACCCACCACAGCCGCAUCGAACAAUACACCCACCACAGCUGCAUCGAACAAUACACCCACCACAGCCGGAUCGAGCACGGCACCCACCACAGCCGCAUCCAGCACUACACCCACGACAGCCGCAUCGAACAAAACACCCACCACAGCUGGAUCGAGCACUGCACCCACCACAGCCGCAUCGAACAAUACACCCACCACAGCCGCAUCGAACAAUACACCCACCACAGCGGGAUCGAGCACGGCACCCACCACAGCCGCAUCCAGCACUACACCCACGACAGCCGCAUCGAACAAAACACCAACCACAGCUGGAUCGAGCACUGCAACCACCACAGCCGCAUCCAGCACUGUACCCACCACAGCUGCAUCGAGCACUACACCCACCACAGCCGGAUCGAGCACUGCACCCACCACAGCCGCAUCGAGCACUACACCCACUACAGUCUCCCUGACCACUAA